AUGUCAACAAGCCAAGCUAAAGACCGUCCAAAAGUGCCUUUUUUGAGUACACACCCUCAAUAUGAAUCAAAUGUACUGCGAGUUCGGCUUGUACAAGAUCGUGUUAUUCCUGUGCCUAUUGGUCCGCGUAUUCCACGACGAGAUCAGCCAAAGGCAUAUCCCAGGUACUGUCGGUUGAUGUUGAUCUUAUUCAGACCAUGGCGUGUUUCUAAAGACCUUCGAUCUCAAGGUCAAAAUUGGGAAGAAGCAUUCGCAGAAUUUCGUGCUACUAUUGAUAGUCGGUCGUUGCAAGUCAUGAAUGACAUGCAGAUAUUGCAUGAAUGUCGUGAUAGUCGGGACGAUUAUUUCGCA